UAGGUUAGAAGAGUUUCACUAUGCUUUUACACUACAACAGACUGAGCUCGUGCUAGCUGGAAACCAUUUUAAUUCUGGUUCCAGUUAAGUUCAGUUCAGUUGUCUUUUAUGAUGUGUUGUAUAUUGGAUAAUGAUGAUGUGAGGAUGAUGAAGAGAUCUCCGCUGACACUGUCUUGCUUGUAUAAAGAAGGUUAUUACAAAGAAGUCCAGCAUCAAAUCAAGCACCGCAGUAGCCUGUGAGAGGAUCCGAGCCAAUAUGGAUUUCUCUCUCUAACAGCUCUAAACAUCAGUCUAUAUAAGUUAGUUGUCUUCAUGAUCUCUAGCAAGACGUCUGGACCUCACUUAUUGAUCUCAGAGUGGAGGGAAGGGAGAAUAUUUAUGUUCACAGCUGUUAACUUAAACAUGAUGAAUAGAAACCAUGUAUGAAACUUCAGAUACUACAGAUGAAAGACAGUACAGAUACACAGAACUCUUUACUCAUCUACAGGGGCCAGACUGAGAUGGUUUUCCACCUUUGUCUUGUGCUUUGACAGAUUUAAUGUUCUUAAACCUCACAAAGCUUCACACAGUAAUUACAUCAUACUGAGAAAAGUGCGCUGAAAUAUGAUGAGAUUUCAGGUUAAGUACGUUACAAGCACUUUGUUGGGACACAGAAACCCAGCCUGGGUCCUGCUCCAGCAAUAUGUCAACAAUAAUUUCUUCAGUAUGUGUCAGAGUCAAGAAAACAACAUUCAAAACAGUGUAGUAUAAUUUUUCAACAGAUAUGUGAUAGACUGAAAGAAUGAUGAGGAGUUAUAUUGAAAUUAACCCCUGACAAAUGAGCAAUGCUGCAGAUGAACAGAAUUAAGAGUAUGUUGUGUGAAAAUGAUAUAUUAUUAUUCACCAUGUGAUUUGGACAAAGCAAUAAUGAUGUAUGUUAAAGGUCACCAUAUAAAAUAGUUGUUAGUGUUUGCUGCAUGCAAUGUAUGUCAUGUGUGGAAUAAGUAUAUGUAAGUGUGAAAGAAAACAUAUCAUUUUUUUUAAUACUACAAGGAAGAGUUAAGAAAUAAUGGUGUAAAGGUAGGAUGUACUUCAGUUUAAGUAAAAAUAGAACAGAAGGGCAUGUCCUGAGGAUAUGAAACAUGUCCAGACGUGCUCUGAACAUAUUAGGAAGGAUGGUGUAAUUUGAUAAGAUGACCAAGGAUGGCCUUUAAGGUUAAACAAUGGAGUAAUAUUGCAGGUCAAUGAAAUGUUCAAAAAGCGUGGGAAACCACAGCCCAGGGAGGUAUAUAACAAGGACACAAGCCUUUGUUGACCAGAGCGGUAAACUGUCCCCGGGGAAUUUUGUUCGACAAUAAAACUCUUCCUCCUUGAGCUCAGAUUUCUCCUGAUGAUUCUUGAAGACCUAUAAGUCGUUUUGAGCAUCUGAACAAGGCUAAAGACUUUGGAUCCAAGUCACAACAGACCACUAAAGCAAAGCUAAAUCCUGACUUGAUCUCGCUCUCGCGUUAGAAACUCGUGGCCACUCCUUUCUGUUUAUUCAAAUGUCACCAUAGGGGGCUCCGCAGAGACACCACGAUUCAUUUACUUGGGGUCCCUGAGAGAAACUAUUUGUGUGCGCCAUGCUCAGUGUAAUGUGGGAGGAGUCUCUUCGUCGCUCCGAUAAAACCUCAACAGCUGCUGCAGAUUGCUGAAACUGGGCGCCAAGAUGGAUGAGAAACGUGCACGAGACACACAAGUACUUUCGUUUGGUGAAUUAACGUUUGGACCCGGCAGCUUGAUGCCAGCGGCUACACGUUAGACUUUUAUUUUCCUGUCGGUACAUUUAGAUGAGCUCAUGUUGCCAUUUCUCUAAUUCUGCUAUCGACAACUUUGCGUUAAGUUCUCGUCCGGAGAGAAGAGUCUUUAUUUAGCUGAGGGCUGCAGAAACUUCUGACCAUGGCGCACAACACGCUGAAGUGUCAGGUCUGUCUCACCAACUUUAAAAGUGUAUGUCGUUUCAAGACACAUGUGCGCUCAAAGGAACAUCGACAGAAAAUGAUAAAAGUCUUCCAGAAAGACACGUUCUUGCAACAUGGCACGUUUCCCCACAUCACUCUUUUGGAUCCACUUGCCAUCAAACAACCCAUCAUAGGCCUGUCUCUGCUGACUGCAUGUUUCAGUCUAGACAGAAAGACCAUUUUUUACCUGUGCCACGUCUGUGAAGAGAAAUGUCCAACAGACAAGAUUGCAAACCACCUCUUUUCUGGUGACCAUUACAGCAGCUACUUUAACUACACAGACCCCAACGUACUGAAAUUCGCCUGGCUGCCCAGCAUGAACAUGUGGCUGACCCAUAAGUCUCAGGUCUCGAAGGAAGUCAGGGACAAAGGGCCUGUAACAUUACAGAUGUUGAAUUUACCACAAACUCUGAUGAAGAGGCUUGAAACAAGUUUGUACUCUGAAGUGAUGGACAUUCUCAAUGAAAACGAGGCACUUCUCAAGAUGUUGAAAGCUACCAAGCCAAAGAGGACGAUGAUUCAGUCAUACCAAAAAGACAGCAACAGAAAACAUCCACUUCUUGGCAUGCAGCACCUUAUUGAGUGCAUUUGUGUCGGACCGCCUGAGAAGAGAUUCUACCUCUGCACUCUCUGCAACCUAACUUUGGCCACCCACACAGUCAUCAAACAUGUCCUGAGCUUUGACCACAUCUUUUGUUACCUUAAAGCGUGGCACCCCUCUACUUUGAUGUCAAAGCAGUGCUACAUAAACUACACUGACGUCUUCGCCUCCAUGAUGCUUGAUUUUGCAAAGCAGACAGAAGAAAUUCAUGGAACUGCAAACACUGAUAUGAAGCAAGUGAGCCUGGAGCCUGCUGAAUUCAGAUUAGUGAAUUCCUUUUGUUAUGCAAAAGCCUUGGAAAAACUGGAAUCCAUCACCAAGGAAAAUAAGGGGAGCAGCUUGAUGACAAGCAUCAAACCAGGGAACAAACUGGAGCGUCGUACUGUGUCAGCAGCAGUGUCUGUGGCAUCAUCAUAUAAACUACACUGUCAGGAGUGCAGUACCAUCUUUGAAACUGAAUCUCAGUAUAGUCAACAUUUGUCAAAGCAGAAACACAAAGAGAUGUUGAAGAAAUGUUUCAGAGAAGCUGUAAGAGCUGAUGGUUAUGACCAAACAGUGAAACCCCAUCUGGACUUAUGCACGUACCUCAGGGAGAGCAUGAAGCAAAAUAAACCAGUUAUUGGUGUGUCCCUGGUUGUGGCUUGUGUAUGCAGUGACUUUCAGUCAGAACCUGUUUAUGUGUGUUUUGCUUGUGAGGACUGUUUCCCUGAGCCCCAUCUCAGGCAACACUUCAAAUCUCACAAACAUGUCAUACGCACAUUGCUGUACCAGAAUCCCUGGCGGCUCCCUUUUGCCUGGAAGAAUCAUCUGGAUGGGAAAAUCUUGACCUCAAAUGCAUUGGAAGAGGAAAAAGAAAGAGGACCAAACCAGAUGAUGCUGAAGGUUCUUGAUAUCCCAUACAGGAUAUUUGAGGGCCUCAUCCCACCUAGUUAUCCAAAAGUGAUGGAGAGACUUGAGAAACACCACAUGCUCUUAAAGCAAGAAGUUCCAAAACGUGAAACCUACAGCAAACUCAAACAGAAUGAGAGGUUUCCUCUGCUCGGCAAAAAGUUCCUGGUCAUGCAUUCAUGUCAUCAGCACACAAAAGUGGGGUUUCUGUGUUUGCUCUGUGAGAGGAGACUGUCAGAUGGAGAAAAUGAAUCUCACGUCUUCAGUCGGGAACAUGUUGCAGCGUUUCUGGACCGUUUCCACCCGGGCUCUGUGAGUCCAAGCACUGAUGCAGAGACCUUACUGGACUUGGCAAAACAGGCAGCACGUAUUCACCCCAUAGCAAACGAACAGGUGAUAGAGUUGGACAAGCCCAUCUGGGAGCCGUGCAGCUACCACACAUUAACAUUCAUCUUGGCAUCUGCAAAAAGAAGACAUGGGGGAGGAAACCUUGAACCUGAAAUAACACCUAAAAUGAAGCUGUUCCCUAGGGAGACUCUGAAAGAAGUGGACAAGGACACUCAGAAAAACAGUGUAAUGAAGGAGGAAUCUGAGAGCAAGACCAGUCAAAAAUCUACAGACAACAAUGACAGCCUCCCAAACAAGAUUUCAGUAGAACUUGGUUCUGAAAUCAUCAAUAAAUGUGGUGCAGAAAGUGAGGAAACUGCAGGAAAAGGAGCUGAUAAGGAGAGCCCUACACCAAGCGACAAAGAAUCAGAGACGAGAAGAGAGGCGCUUUCAAAAACCAGCCCAGAUGAGAUAAAGAAUGCAGACAGUGAGAUGUGUCCGUUGACAAAGGAGGAGAAGAUGGAUGAGCUUUCAACAAAAAAACCAAGUGGGGAGACCCCAGAAAACUGCCAGGACACAGACAAAGAUGACAGAGCAGAGACUGGAAAAGAAGAGAGCAAAAGUAGCAAAGAUGUCCCAAUACAGCUGAAGAGUUGCAUGUACCAAGAAAAUGAAAGAAAGAGGCCAAACGACAUGUCUGAAAAACCUCAAGAGGGCAUUUGUUCUACUUCUGAUAAGGAUAUGGGGGGAGAAAUGCCACUCAAGAGAGCGCGGCUCACCUCCAAAGAAGACGCUUCCUGUGAAGAACCCCAAAAAAUACCAAGUGGUGGACCAGAGGGGGCGACGACCGCCGCCGAUAAGGGAGAGAGUGACAGUCAUGACACUGCAAAGGAUGAAGUGUCUUCAAAGGUGACCUACCAACAAGCAGCCCACCUAUGGCAGUAUGUCAAGGAGAAGAUCCGGGAGCCUGUGGUUGGCUUAAGUGCACUUCUUGAAUGCCACUGUGAUCAGCAUGACCCCAUCUACCUGUGUGAGUGCUGCUGUCUGAAGAUCCCAGAGAAGGAUAUCAUCAACCACGUGACUGGAUUUGACCACCAGAAGCAGUACCUGCUGGGGUUACAGAAAAUCCCACCUCUGCCUGGGAAACACCAGAGGAAGAAAAUCAGAUAUUUGGCUGUUUUGUUUGAACAAGAUAAAGGAUAUGGAGAGGCUCAGGUUGUGGAUCUGUGUGAAGAGAUGUACAGUAACAUCUUAAAACAAAACUUUAAUUCUGCCAUGCAGACAGUGAAAGCACUUUUAGCUCAGCAGGACAGUGGGUGUGAUCUCCCUUCAACCUCAGCCUCAUCUGGUGUUCGGCCUGUGCAGGUCUCAGUCACCCUUCAUGCUCAAGCUGAGGUCCAGUCUGCGAUGGACAACAUUGAGGUGGUGGAGAUUGUUAGUGAUUCAGAAGACUCUGAGGCACAGCCAUCCUCAGUGACUGCAUCCAUGUCUGUAAUGACUGAAACCACCUCCAAAACAACUGUCCCAUCCGAAUCAAAUGUAUACAUCAAAAUGACCGGAAUUAAAGUCCCUGAGUCAGGGGACAAUGCUAACACCUGUUUGGCUGUUUCGAGAAGUGGUGAAGAUGCAUUGAGUCUACAUGUGCCUGAAAGUGGGACAAACUCUCAACAUAAAAUCGCUCCAAACACAACUGUGGAACAGUCAAAAAAAGUCAUCACUUCCAAAAUAGAAGGGGCAUCACAAACUGCAGCAGCUCCAGUUUCUACUGUAACUACUUCCACCAAGCCCAUGAUAGCUGUCUCUGGAUGUACUGCCAUAUCUUCCAGUUGCACCCAGAACACCACUAAAUCAACAGCAGCUGUCUCCAAACUUACAGCCAACACAUCCAGCUGCACCACAGCAGCCACCAAGCUGAGCGAAACGGCUGACAAAAGUGUAGCAGCCACCUCCAGUGGCACUACAGGUACAACCCAACUGACUGCAGCCAACCCCAGUUCUAGUAAAACCACCACAUCUGCAGCUCCUGCCCCUAGCUGUACCACAACCACCACCAAAUGCAGAGAAACCACCUCCAAGUGUUCAGCAACCACCUCCAGUGCCACCAGAACCACCACCAAAUCAACAGCAUCUACCACUAUCCGUACUGCAGCCACCGCUAAAUAUACAGCAGCCACUUCCAAAUCGACAGCAACUACCACCACCUUCCAGUGUGACCAUAUCAAAUACAACCUUGGCCACAAAGUCUGCAGCAGUGUCCAAACCAGUAUCCACAGUGAUGCACAGAGACCCCCGUAGAGCUACGCCUCUUCAACCGGUCAAGUCUCAAACCAUUGCGACAAAUGCAACCACUGUUACAAUGGCUAACACGUCUGUUAGAUGUGACAACAGUGAAGUCUCUGCCAAGACUGACCAUACGAAGAAUACAGUGAGGGC